AUGGAUCGGCUCAUUCAAGGUGUGGUUGAAGACGGCGACUGGGUCGCUCCCUUUGCUGUCGCUUUUUCCGUCGGUUACUUUGUCUCGGACAUGGUGGUCAUGAUGACCAACUCGGACGUCUGGGCUCUCGAGUCGGUCAUUCACCAUCUGGUCAUCGGUGGCGGCUUUGCCAUCGGUCUCAUCGCCGGCGUCACCACUCCAUAUCACUUUCUCUUCCUCAUCGAAGAGCUCUCCACCGUCUUUCUCAACGCCCGCUACUUUUGGCGCGCAUCGCCGGCUCUUCACACUGUCUUCUCCAACCUCUUUGCCCUCACCUUUUUCCUCUCGCGCAUCAUCGGCGGAACGUGCAUCACCUCUACUGUUAUUCCCUUCCUCCUUGAUCCCGCCACGGAGCGCGCCCUCCAGCCGCCGUACCGCUACUACGCCCUCUGGACAGAGAUCGUGCUUCUUGUCCUCUCCCGCGCUCUCAACCUCUACUGGGGCUAUCUCAUCCUUUCCAAGCUCCUCUGCCCGCGCCCUCCGCGCAAGCCGGCAUCCAAGACCAACUAA